UCUUCCAGGGGGUUUAAAAGUUACAGCAGAGAGAGAGAGAGAGACUCGUGGUGUGUUUGUGUGAGAUGUAGUUAAAUAUUUGCACUUUUCCUCUGGAUGAACUGCAGCUUUAGUUAGUUAGUUAACUAAUUUAGUUCACCACGUUUUACUUCCUCUAUUUAACUGUUUAUUUUUUUUUUAUUAUUUGUAUUAAUUGUUGGAGUGAGUAUGAGCAUGGCGGUGGCGCCGCAGUGCCUGCUACUGAGCCGGGUAGUCCUGCACGGUCUGCGGCCAGCCUCACACGCCCAGCUGGGCUGGAGCCGGAGCUCCAGCACUACUACCUCAGAUAUUCCUGGUGUGAGAGAGCGGACUCUGGUCGCCAUUAAGCCGGAUGGAGUCCAAAGGCGUCUGAUUGGUCAGGUCAUUAAACGUUUUGAGCAGAGAGGCUUCCAAUUGGUUGGUCUGAAGAUGCUGCAGGUGUCUGAGGAGUUGCUGUCCCAGCAUUACGUAUCUCUGCACAGAAAGCCCUUCUACCCCAGCCUGCUACGUUACAUGACCUCCGGCCCUGUGGUCGCUAUGGUGUGGGAAGGACACAAUGUGGUGAAGUCGACUCGAAUGUUGGUAGGAAACACGAAUCCAGCUGAAGCUGAUCCUGGAACUCUGAGAGGAGACUUCAGCAUACACAUAAGCAGGAACAUUGUGCACGCCUCAGACUCUCCCGAGGUGGCACAAAAGGAGAUCUCGCUAUGGUUCCAGCGCUCUGAGCUGAUUGAUUGGGAGUGCUGUGACCAUGGCAACAUCUACCAUUCCUAAGAGACUGGCCUGCGGAAAGUGAUUUUAAAGAAAAUAUGGUUGAAAAACUGUUUUGAAAGGAUGUUUAUAAUCAAUACCGAGACGAUUGCAACCAAAGAUGUGCUGUAAUGAGAUUCUUUUUGUCUUGUAAUUAUUUAUACGUAUAUAAAAAAAGAAAAAUAUCUCAAUUCCAGCUUCUUCACUGUAAAAAAAACAUACACAGUUUUGGGAAUCAGGGAUAUUAAAAGCUUUAAUUUAAGCCCAAAGCGUUUGAUGUCUGUAAACUUGUCCGCAACUUUAUGGGCAGAAAUGGUUCUCAGUGUGUGAAAUUGUCCUAAUUGGCUGUAAUGCCGGUGCUGCCAGCUGUGAUAUUUUGUCUUUUGAUGUUUUUUGUAAUGUCCUUUGCAGAAAAUGUGUGGGGAGCAAAUACAAAAUAAGUGCCUGGACCAACAUAUAAUAGAUGUUUGAAAUCCUGUAAUCCUAUAAUAUUUUACAUGAUUAGCUGUAAAAAUGGUUCAGAAGACAUUAGUGGUUUCCAGCUUGUGUAAAGCAUUAGUCGUCAGUAGGGGUGUCACGAUUCUCUGAAUCCUCGAUUUGAUUUUAUUUCCCAAUUUUAGGGUCACGAUUAGAUUCAAUUCUCGAUUUUCUAUUUUUUAUUUUUUAUUUUUACAGCAGAGAGGCUUAUGCCAGUUGUAGAUUAGUCUACGGUCAGUCAUUGGUUUGAUUCAUCAAAUUUACAAUAUCUUAUUUCAAAAGGUGGGCUUGAGAUAAGUGACGCAAAGUGAUACAAGUGAUCUGUAAUACACCACAUUAGACACUAAUGGUCAAGUUUAAAUAUUUUAAUUAAGAUAUAUAUGUAAUGCCAUCUAGUAGCUUUUUUUGGAAGCAGCAGUGUGCACUAUUAAAACAGCAAUGUGCAACAUAACAAAAUAAAUAAUACAAAAAUACAGGAAGAGUCAUGUACAAAGUAAUAGAACAAUUAGAGCCUUAACAAACUGAACUCUAUCCUACUAUAACAGUUAAACAUGACAAAUAAGACUUUAAGACUUUUUCAGUCCCUGAGAAUGACAAGUUUUUUCUUUAUUAAAGAUAUAUUAUUAACUUUAUCUGAGAGAAAGAUGCUCCUUAAGGAACCAAAACUAUGAACAUGCUUUUAAACUGGGUCUUAACAGUCAGGAUUCAAGUAGAUUUGUAUGGAUGAGUCCAAUAAAUGUUAAAGAAUCGCAUAUAAAAUGUAUAUCUGUAAUUAAUUUGCAGUACUUUUUUUUGUUUGUUUGUUUUUUCCUCCCAUUUUCUUCUUGAUUGCAACCAGAAUGCUGCACAGUACAACAAUUUAAACACUGAACAGAUUAUUGGCAUUGUUUUUUUUUUUUUUCAAAGGUUAGGACACACUCAAUAUUCCACAAUAUUUGUUCUUUUAAUUUGUAUUAUUAACCUAAUUGGAGAUUAAAAUUUAAAUACUUAUUAUUUUUAUUUUCCAUUCUUUAACUACUGUCACUGGGAGCUGAAAUUAGCGUUUUAUUAGCUUAUUAGAUUUUAUUUUUCCGUUCCACCUUAAAUGUUGCAGUCUUUGCUGUCUGUUGCAUCAUUUAGGGUGGAACUGGAAAGUUAGCUAGCUAAAUAACUACUUAGACGAACUACUAGCUUUUUUUAUGCUUGUUAUGAAGAACAUAAAUAGACAAACUAUGGUCAUAUAGUGAUUUUAUUACAAUUUUUAACAAAAAAAAAAAACUAAUAUUUUAGGGAGUCUUUGGUCACUUCUUUAAAGAAAAAUCUCUACCAUGAAAACUUUUUUUUUUUUUAAAGAGUCCAGGGGUGAAAUGGGAUUCAGCCUCACCAAAUUAGUUAAUUUUGAAUUAUCUAAAGUAUAAAACAUAUAUUUUGGCUUGUUUUAAGGGUCCAAACUUUUGACUGGCACUGUACAAGAUGCUCUAAAAUUUUAUAAAACUGUUCCAAUUAAAAUGUAGUAUUUAGUUUAUAUCUAAUAGAGUUUAUUUAUGAUUGCUAUUAGAUUUUUAAAUUGUUACCGUUGAGAAACAGAUUAUAAAGUCCAUAAAACUCAAUCUGAUUCUAAUUCUAGUUCUUGGCGACUUUAAUUCAAACUUUAGUUUUUUAACCAAUUUACGCUUUUAUACUGAAUUUUCUCUUUUACAAAAUGUUAAAAUCAUUAUUUGAAGUUAAGUUACUCCACCAAUAAAUGCAGUCAGCGUCCAAUUAAAAUGAAAUAAUACUUUAUCACUUUAUUGUAGUUUAAAUCAGGUGUCUGUCUGAACUCUAUAUAAAGAGCAGUGUUGGUGUGACGGCCUCUCAUUACCUCAUUUCCCAUUACAGCACUACAGUCAGGUCAGAUCAGAUCAGCUAUUUAUAGAUUAUCUGACUGGUUAUUUCAGUAUCAUUUAGCAAAUAUUAUUAAAUCAUAUUUUUAUGAUUCAAAUGUUUACAUUUCCUUUUAAAUGCAGUGAAUAAAAUGUUACAAACACAAAUCUUGAAGUGAAAUGUUUUAAAGUUAAUUGAUGAUGUAACUUGUUGUCUUUUUGAAUAAAUAAAAAUGAAUAAAAAGCCUCUUGUUUUUUUCAGUUUA